GAGGCUUUGGCCCGCUUGAAAGCCGCAACCGUGGGAAAGAAGUUCGUGGAUGCUCUGAUGGCCGAUUCGGACCAGGUGAUCCAGACCUUGAAGGACAGUUGUGCUACUUUGAAGGAGUGCAUCUCUGGUGACGUGAACGACGACGCCAAGCUCAAAGCGACGACAGAUCUGACGAAUGCUAUCACUGCAUUCGAUAACAAAAUGAGGUCUGUGAAAAAGGCCAUGCCAUCGGAGCAGACUCCCAAGCCCAAGGCCAAAGGAAAGGCUGGAAAGAAGUAG